AUGUUUGUCAAAGUUACAAGUGAGACCAGCAGUGAGGCUGAAUCUGAACAUGAAAAUGAGCCUUUUGCCGUCAUUAGAAAAAAUUACAGCGAUGACAGUGUUGAACAAGAGAGCACUAAGAUUAAUAUCCCGUUGGAAGUACAAGCAGUCCUCAAUAAAAUUGAGCAAGCUCAGCUCCUUCGAGCCAGAGAGGACAUUCAAAUGCAGCUGAUUGACAUUCUGAACAACGUUCAUCGGAUAAUGAUGCGCUAUACUAUUGAUCUUAACUCACCAUCUGAAAUAAUAAGCCCCCUUACAAAAACUCAGAAAAAGCAGAGAACCUUACUUUUGGAGAAAAUAGCUAAUUAUUUUAAGAGUAUUGAUAUUAGAGAAAGGACUCUUAUGAACCUUCUGUCCUGGCUAGAAGAAUGGAAUUUCCUUUUGUCUGAGGUAGCUGCAAUUGAUGAACAAGAAUAUUACCACUGGGUAGCGCAGCUGGAGCUUUUCCCAAUAACACUGAAAGCCAUUGACAACAACGUCAACACCCUGCGUAAUAUCAGCAUAGCUUUCCUUGAAGAAAAUAAGAGACUCAAGAGAAAUUUACUGGUUAGAGGGACUCUAUGGAAGUCUUGGAAGGAAAGAAUUGUAAAGCGACCUGCAACAGCCCAGGCUUUAAAACCAGAACAGCUGAUUAGUGAUGAACUUGCAUUAAAUACUAAGGUUUCAGAAAUUCAAAAUAUGCUACAGGAACUCAUAGGCACAGCAAUGUUCAGCAAGCUGGAGAACAAUGCUAUUAAGUAUAUAUCCUCAACAGUAAAAAACCUAUCCAGAGCCUUGACUAUGGUGAGCCGUGAGUUAAAACUUACUAACCUCCAAGCUACCAAUAUAGAUCCAGAAGAAGUCGAAGUAGAUAAAGAGCUCCUAUUAAGGUUGAUACAAGAUCUCAGUGAAGACAACGAAAUGCUUCAGCAGAGACUUAGAGAUACUGAAGAAAAAUGUGACCAACUUAUUCGAUUCAAAUUUCUUUUAGUACACAAACUGUAUCCUCCACCGACUAUAUCUGCCCUUACAGCAUCACUUGGGGCUUCUUCACAGCCCCCCACAGACACAGCAGACAAUAUUGAGAGUAUUUUGAACAAAGAAUUUGAAAAUAUAGACGAGUCAGCAGAAGCAGGAAAGUGGGAUCCGUCUAUGACGCAGGCAGCGCAGCAGGAAGCAGCGGCGGAAGGACAGACAGCGAAGAAAGAGAAAAAAGCCAGCCACAAAAGAAAAGGCACAAAAAGUGCGCAAGCCCAAGAAGCCUCAGAUCAGGUCUUAGAGAUCAAGUCUAGUCAACCCUACGAGGAGGGGGAAAGGAAGAAAAAAGAAGAAAAACCCAUUUCAGACCUCAGACUACGGCCCUCCAUGGACAUGAAGGCAAAGUUGGACCAACACAAGAAGGGCAAGCAGGAAACCCCACUUGGAAAAAGCCCCGUUUUUUCUGCCCUUAAGUUGGACUCCGCCCCUAAGCCAGCAGACACAGACGUCAAAGGCGAAGUGGGUACCUUAACAGAGGCAGCAAAGUUGCUCAAAGGCUGGAUUGCUGCUGAGCCAGACAAAGCUGAAAUGAAACGCCAGAUCCUUCCAGGCCCUGCCCCAAGCACAAGAGAAAAGACCAGACAGAGAGCCCAGUCUUCUCUAGUCUAUAGCUCACAGCCAAUGAGCUCUAAACCAGCUUCAAUCUCAGAAAGCCAGGAUGUCCAAAGUGAACAAUUGAAACUUGAGUCGUUUCAAAAAGCCAUACUGGCUUUCAUACAAGAGAAAACAGAUAACCUAGGAAAGGCUUCUGAUAAAAGGAGUAUGCAGAAGGAGGAAGAAUUGUUAAAAGCAGGAGACACUGAAAAAAUAGAUGUGAUAAAGAUGAAGAUUAAUGAAUAUUUCAAAAAAGCGGCUGAUACUGUGACUUCAGUGUGGAAGUCGUACAAAGGUAAAGGAAAAAGACAAGGUCCAGAGAAACGUAGGAGACAAAAGGCACCCCCAUUUAUAACAGAGUCACAAUUAAGGGAGCUCUCAAUUGGUGCAGAGUCGGAAAUUAGCUCCCUUUUGUCAAGCGAGAGCACAGACCCAAUAAUUAAGUAUUUACUAGAAAUGAUUAUUGAGCUAGAAGGUGAAAAACAAGACCUCACGGAGGAGCAGGGGAAAAAGAGGCAGGAGGAACUUCCUCAAGAAGACGAAGAAAGGAUGAUUCCCAAAAGUCGUGUGCCAAAACAGAAAGAGCUAGGGCGUGAGCAGGUGAGAGAUGCGCUCGUGGAGGAGAAAAGGCCAUUGCACCUGAUGAAGCAGGAAAAGCAAGAGCCACAGAAGCCCCCGCCGAUGAAGCAGGAAAAGCAAGAGCCACAGAAGCCCCCACCGCAGCAGGAAGAGCAGGAAUGGAAGAAAUUCAGCAAACCCAUGGUUCACAAACAGGAGGAGCCAGAAGAGAAGCAAAGGAGGAGAAGAGAGGGCAAGAAGCAGGUGAAGCCCGAAGCGCACCAUCUGGAAGAGCUGAAACAAGCCCUGCAACAGACAAAAUUUCCCUUGGUGGUCUCCAGGCAGAAGGCAGAAGAGGCUAAGCAAAAGUCAAAGAAAGAGCUAGAAGAUGCCGAAAGGCAGAGCUGGAGCAAAACAAAGCUCCAGCGAAAGCCUGAAGAAGUAGGUGUCAUGUUCAGCCAAAGUGCAAUGACAUCAUCUCCCAAGUGGGAGAAAACAUUGAAAUAUGUACCGCAGAAAGGUCAAGAAAAAACUAUCCAAAAGAUUCCAAAGACAUUGGAGAGACUUCCCAAAGUAGCCAUUCCCUCAUCUAGGGACCUCCCAAUUCCUGCAAAGCCUCACACUCUUAUUCCUGAGCAGGCCCAGGGGCCAGAGGUCGCUUUAACACCUGAGAUAUCUCAGGCUAAGAGGGUAUCCCUCACUCCUGAGCAGGCCUCAGGGAUCACUCUCAUCUCUGAGCAGGCCCAGGUCCUGAGGAUGAUUCAAACUCUUCAGCAGACUCAAGCCUUGGGGAUCCCUUUCACCCCUGAGAAGGCCCAGGCGUCAGGGAUCACUUUCAUUCCUGAGAAGGCCCAGGCAUCCAGGAUCACUCUCAUUCCUGAGCAGGCCCAGGCCUUGGGGAUCACUCUCACUCCUCAGCAGGCCCAGCCCUUGGGGAUCACUCUCACUCCUCAGCAGGCCCAGCCCUUGGGGAUCACUCUCACUCCUCAGCAGGCCCAGGCAUCCAGGAUCACUCUCACUCCUCAGCAGGCCCAGGCAUCCGGGAUCACUCUCCCUCCUCAGCAGGCCCAGGCCUUGGGGAUCACUCUCCCUCCUCAGCAGGACCAGGCAUCUGGGAUCACUCUCACUCCUCAGCAGGCCCAGGCAUCUGGGAUCACACUCACUCCUCAGCAGGCCCGGGCCUUGGGGAUCACUCUCACUCCUGAGCAGGACCAGGCCUUGGGGAUCUCUCUCACUCCUGAGCAGGCCCAGGCCUUGGGGAUUACUCUCCCUCCUGAGCAGGCCCAGGCCUUGGGGAUCCCUCUCACUCCUGAGCAGGCCCAGGCCUUGGGGAUCACUCUCCCUCCUCAGCAGGCCCAGGCCUUGGGGAUCCCUCUCACUCCUGAGCAGGCCCAGGCCUUGGGGAUCCCUCUCACUCCUCAUCAGGCCCAGGCCUUGGGGAUCCUUCUCACUCCUGAGCAGGCCCAGGCCUUGGGGAUCCCUCUCACUCCUCAGCAGGCCCAGGCAUCUGGGAUCAUUCUCACUCCUGAGCAGGCCCAGGCCUUGGGGAUCACUCUCACUCCUGAGCAGGCCCGGGCCUUGGGGAUCACUCUCACUCCUCAGCAGGCCCAGGCUUUGGGGAUCACUCUCACUCCUCAGCAGGCCCAGGCUUUGGGGAUCACUCUCACUCCUGAGCAGGCCCGGGCCUUAGGGAUCACUCUCACUCCUCAGCAGGUCCAGGCUUUGGGGAUCACUCUCACUCCUCAGCAGGCCCAGGCUUUGGGGAUCACUCUCCCUCCUCAGCAGGCCCGGGCCUUGGGGAUCCCUCUCACUCCUGAGCAGGCCCAGGCCUUGGGGACCCCUCUCACUCCUCAGCAGGCCCAGGCCUUGGGGAUCCCUCUCACUCCUCAGCAGGCCCAGGCCUUGGGGAUCCCUCUCACACCUGAACAGGCCCAGGCCUUGGGGAUCCCUCUCACUCCUGAGCAGGCCCAGGCCUUGGGGAUCACUCUCCCUCCUCAGCAGGCCCAGGCCUUGGGGAUCCCUCUCACACCUGAACAGGCCCAGGACUUGGGCAUCCCUCUCACGCCUGAACAGGCCCAGGCCUUGGGGAUCAUUCUCACGCCUGAACAGGCCCAGGCCUUGGGGAUCACUCUUACUCCUCAGCAGGCCCAGGCUUUGGGGAUCACUCUCACUCCUGAGCAGGCCCGGGCCUUGGGGAUCACUCUCACUCCUCAGCAGGCCCAGGCUUUGGGGAUCACUCUCACUCCUCAGCAGGCCCAGGCUUUGGGGAUCACUCUCACUCCUGAGCAGGCCCGGGCCUUAGGGAUCACUCUCACUCCUCAGCAGGUCCAGGCUUUGGGGAUCACUCUCACUCCUCAGCAGGCCCAGGCCUUGGGGAUCACUCUCCCUCCUCAGCAGGCCCGGGCCUUGGGGAUCCCUCUCACUCCUGAGCAGGCCCAGGCCUUGGGGAUCCCUCUCACACCUGAACAGGCCCGGGCCUUGGGGAUCCCUCUCACACCUGAACAGGCCCAGGACUUGGGCAUCCCUCUCACGCCUGAACAGGCCCAGGCCUUGGGGAUCACUCUCACUCCUGAGCAGGCCCGGGCCUUGGGGAUCACUCUCACUCCUCAGCAGGCCCAGGCUUUGGGGAUCACUCUCACUCCUCAGCAGGCCCAGGCCUUGGGGAUCACUCUCACUCCUCAGCAGGCCCAGGCCUUGGGGAUCACUCUCCCUCCUCAGCAGGCCCAGGCCUUGGGGAUCACUCUCACUCCUGAGCAGGCCCGGGCCUUGGGGAUCACUCUCACUCCUGAACAGGCCCAGGCCUUGGGGAUCACUCUCACUCCUCAGCAGGCCCAGGCCUUGGGGAUCACUCUCACUCCUCAGCAGGCCCGGGCCUUGGGGAUCACUCUCCCUCCUCCGCAGGCCCAGGCCUUGGGGAUCACUCUCACUCCUGAGCAGGCCCAGGCCUUGGGGAUCACUCUCACUCCUGAGCAGGCCCAGGCCUUGGGGAUCACUCUCACACCUGAGCCGGCACUGACAUUAGGAGUCCCUCUUACUGAAGAACAGGCCUUGGCAUUGGGGUUUUCUCUCUCUCAAAAGAAGACUCAAGAGUUAUCAAAUAUUAUUACUCUUAAGCAGUUGCAAGCAUCAGGAAUCUUUCCCAUUCCUCAGCAAUCUCUGGCAUUGCACACUCCUCUCACCUUAGAGAAGCCUACAGUAGCUCCUUUCUCUCCCCGGCGCCUUCCAAAACCAAGGGUUUCUCUCCCCACUGAGCAAUCCAUUGCAUCUGUUUCUACUGAUCGGAGAUUCUCUACAUUGGGGGUCUCUACUACUCCUUUACACGUACCACAGCCUCUUAUCACCCAAGGCCCCUUUGCUCCACAGAUCCUUCCCACUUAUGAACAGACCCCCAUAGAUGAAGGUCAAGUCCCUCCUACCCAGUUCCUCGCAGCAGAGGUCGAACUUACCUUUGGGCAGCACCCAAUAUCUGGGGUUCCUUCCACUCUUGGGCUCCCCUUUAGCUCUAGGCAGCUCUUUCCAUCUAGAGACUCUCCUUGGCCAUUUCCAACAUCAGGGGCUCCUCUCUCCUCCAGAUUGCCCACUUCUGGACAGGUUCCCAGGCUCUUGGCUCCUCUUUCUGGAGAACAGCUCUUAGCUCCAGGGGACUCUUCAAUUCCCAGGGUACACCAGGAAUCUAGUCCCUUAGUCUUCUCUGAGCAACCCCAGACAUUUCAGCCACCUGCCGUAAAGUCUCUGCAGACAUCUUCUAGCUUUGAACUGCAUGAGGCACCACUGACUCUUCCUGGGCAAGUUUCCCCAUUACAAACCUCUCCCAUCCCAGAGACAUCAGCACGGACCCUCCCAACCCCAGGAAAGCCCUCUGCAGCCAGUCUGAAAAGAGGGGAAAUCAUUUUUUCACUGAAAUCUAAAUCAGCAUUCGUCCACCCAAGCACUCCAGAUUUCAAGGUAACAAAAGUCCCUUUUACUACUAAGAAGCUCCAAACAGCAGCAGCCUCUGGUACUUCAAAAGAAUCUCAGAUACUCCAAGAUACUUUUGCUAUGGAACAACUUGGAAUUUAUCUCACCAGGUAUAAAACGCCAGUGUCAAAGCCUCCAUACAUUGAUGAAAAAACCUUAAGAAAGCCUAUAACAUCACUGCCUCCCCUUAUUACUCCACUUUCCAAAACAUCACAAAUUCCACCUUCUGAGUGGGACCAGAGAUCUCGACUCCCCCCUAUAGACAAGUCCUGGGUACUAACUCCAGUUUCUGGUACCAGAAUGUCCAAGCUGGCAUUGCAUGUUAGCACUCCUCAAACCUUUGAAGAGAACAGAUAUUUUGUGGAUGUGGAGGCGCAGAGGAAGAAUCUAGUACUGUUAAACGAGGCCACAAAAACUUCUGGGCUCCCUUCACAGCAAUACACAACAGCCAGAGCCCUCAUCAUCAAGUUACUUCAUAUGGACACAGUUCGGCUGGGAUACAUGUUCCACAAAUACAUUGCCUAUAGGCUGAUCCAGAUUGCCAGAAACAACAUAAUAAGACGAUUAAAAGCCAUCCAAAAUACUGGGAAAGGUUAUGAAGCUCAGAACCUCUACAUCAUGCUAAACAGAAUUGAUAACUACCAGAAAAAGGUGAUGCAGGUCUGGACUGAGAAGCAGAAGAUUCUAGAGCAGAAACGAUAUCAGUGCAUUAAGAAAAUGAUACACUUAUUCAACCAGCUUCAAGAAGUGUAUAAGCUGAACCUUAGUCAACCUAUCCCCUUGAUCACUGACCAUAAACAGAUACCUGAGUUAACUAAAAUUGUUCAGCAGCCAUUUAUAGAUUUACUAGCUACUGAGGACAAAACAUUGGACUUACUAAAGACAUUAAGGUAUGUGGUAGAACAAAAAGAUCAGACUGAGGCCAUCUGGAAUGUUGACCUGUCCACUUCAAGCUACCCAAUAACAGAGAAGACGACGAUACAGUCACUCUGGUCCCAGCUGGGUGGAUACCCAGACAUUCCCAGGCUGCUCCAGCUAGAUAUUCAGUCUACCCUCAGAAAAUCUCUUGCAGUGAUUAAAUCACAGUAA